CCUGUCUCUGGCAGCUGUCAAAAUCAGUACGUUCAUAUAAUGCACUGUGACAUGUCAUCAGCUGCUUGCAUUUAUGAAAAAUUGACUGAUUUGUAUAAAAGGCAAUCGAUUUGGCCGAUUCAGCCGUGUGGUUUGAUCAUUCGGGAUUAUCAGUGCUGAAAGUGUACUUUGUUUUUCGUCAGAGUGAAUGUGCUCUAGUGUGCAGAAUGCUGCAGUAAUUGGUGACGGUGUCCUGUGCAUUACACGCAGCGGGACGCGAUGAAAUGGGUGAGAAUCGCUGUUAUAAGUUAUAAAUCGGGUUGACAGUGAAAAUGGACUACAGACGCAAGAGAAGACUGACAUUCUUCACUAUAGGGCUUAUCUUCUUACUGAGUGGGAUUGAGUAUGCUGUGAUUUUGCCCACAAUAUGGAGGUAUCUGCAGACACUAAAUGCUGCACCGUACUUCCUUGGUCUCAGCCUAUCAGCAUUCAGCUUUAGCGGUCUUCUCACUGGUCCUUUGUUUGGCCACUGGUCAGAUCGGACACGCACCACCAAAAAGAUCAUCCUGUUUGCCAAUCUCUUUGAGAUUGUUGGUAAUUUCAUGUAUUUUAUGGGAUACUCAAAAUGGUUAUUGCUCGGCAGUCGUCUGGUUGCAGGCAUCGGAACUGGUGCUGGUUCAUCUAUAUUUGGCUUCUUGACAAGAAAUACUGCGCCUGAAGAUCGCUCCACCGUUUUUGCUGCUGUUAUGGCCUGCCGUCAAGCAGGACUGCUCAUUGGUCCUGCAUUUAAUAUCUUUCUCAGACUCUGUAACUUUGAGGUGGGACCUUUCAUGGCGAAUAAAUACACGUCUCCAGGGCUCUUCAUGUGCGUCCUGUGGAUCCUCCUGCAGUUCAUUGUGAUGUUCAUGUACUGGGACAUCACUCCGCAAGAUGAUAGACAUCAGAGGAACAGUGUGGUACAGGAAGAGGUGGAGCGUGAAGAGGAAGAGGAGGAGGAUGAAGAGGUCAAACCAUUGGUUAGGCCUCAUGAACUCACUGGGUCAUAUGGUACAGUCACCAGUGUCCACUCCAGAGCUGCUUCAAUGGCCAAUGGUGACGUGACUCACAUUUCUCCUCCACCCUCACCUUCUGAAGACAGCAGCUCCAGUCCCUUAAAGAACUUCAGUGCUAGCAGAGAGUUCCUCAGAGAGGAGGUGGUUGUCCUUUUGGCAGCUCAGUUCAUCACACUGUUUAAUCAGACUGCUCUGGAGACUAUGGUGACUCCUCUGACACAGAAGUUCUUUAACUUUGGUGAGUUGGAGAACAGUAUCAUGUACUGUGUGUGUGGUGUGGAGGUGAUCGCCGGUUUUUUCUUUGUACGUUGGCUGAGCAAGCGUGUGGCGGAGCGAGUGGUGCUGGCCGUUGGACUCAUCCUCUGCAAUAUCUCAUGUGUCUGGUGCCUAAUAUUUCUGGCCAAUCCACAGGGUGGAUUUGCAUGGCAACUGGCGGAGUUCAUCAUUGGGGUUUUCCUUCAGGUCCUGGGCCUCCCUUUUGUGGCGGUCGCCCAGGUGUCUCUGUUCUCAAAAAUAACUUCAGAGAAGACACAAGGAUUCAGCCAGGGAAUUCGUCGUUCUGUCGGAGGUCUGGCCACCAUUUUUGGGCCUCUCUGGGCAGGCGGGUUGACCUCUAACCUGUAUGUGAUGCUAGGGGUGAUGAUGGGUCUACUUGCACUGCUUACUGUCAUGAUGGUGGUCUCUUAUGAGCGUCUGGUGGAACCCGUUACAAUAGACAAUCCAACAGGCUCCGAAUCGGAGGAAUGACAUGAGGUUUGAUGAGAUCUAGAAUGUGCCAUUGUAAGUGAUUUAACACGUGACACUGAAUGGAGACCAGGAGCAGCCUGAAUCCAAAAUAUCAAGUGUGAUUCAGCUAGACUACCUUGCCUAAACAACAAAAGGAAACAAAGCGAAAAAGAAGGUAAUGUCUUUUUGAUCAUCAAAAAGACUGGUAAAUUUGAAUAAAUGUACAUUCCUACUACAUUUCCUGUGGGAAUUCCAGUAGAUCAUACAUUUUAUGAGUGAUUACUGAUAUAAUAAGCCACAUUGAGAGGAAAAUUCCAUUCAUGUGUGCCAUGAUGUUUAUAUAUUUAAGAGAAUAAUAAAAUAAGCUUAGUUCGACAACUAUAAAUGUGUUCUAUUAUGCUAAUUGGUUAAUUCAUAAAACUUGAUUAAUGAUUACUGAUGUUUAUUUGAAACAUUGAACUUCAUAUGGGUCAUUUCAGGAGUUACUAAACAUCUGGGUAUAGCCUUGUAAACUACACAUUAUUUAUCAUUACUAAUCUUAAGCCUAACACUAAAGAGUCUAUAUUCGUUGUGUAAAGAACCUUAACAUAAUGUACAGAUAUCAACUGUGUUGAAUAAUGUACAGAUUUUGCCCUGAGUCUUCUCUUUACUGUUGUACAUGAAACUGGUGUUUAGCAGGUAGAAUUCAAUGAAGCUGUCAGCGGAGGACAUGUGAGGCGUCUAUUUCUCAAACUAGAGACUCUGAUGUACUUAUCCUCUUGUUUAGUUGUACAUCUGGCCUUCCACAUCUCUUUCUGUUCUUUUUAGAGCCAGUUGUCCUUUAUCUUUGAAGACUGUAGUGUACACCUUUUGAAUUAAAUCUUCAAGUAUUUGUAUAGCCUUCAUUCCUCAAAACAGUGACUAGUUUCUAGAGAAAGCGGUUUCUUUUUGCCAUUUUUGACCUGAUAUUGACCUUCAGUCUAUUGCAUACUGUGGCAAUUCAAAAACAAACACAAAGACAAUGUUAAGCUUCAUUUAAUUAACCAAAUAGCUUUCAACUGUGUUUGAUAUAAUGGCAAGUGAUUUUUCAAGUACCAAAUGAUCAAUUUAGCAUGAUUACUCAAGAAUAAGGUGUAGGAAUCUAGUCAAAUAUUGAUGAUGCUGUUUUUUACAUCAGUGAUGUCCUGACCAUACUUUGUGAUCAGUUGAAUGUCACUUUGGUGAAUUAAAGUACCAAUUUCCUUCCCAAACAGCAAAAUCUGUACAUUAUUCCAAACUUUUGGCCACCAGUGCAAGUCUGAACUUAAACACAAUUUCAUAUUUUAAUAUUAUUUGAUUAAAAGAAAGAUUAAUAUUUCCUCUUUUUAAUAACAUUGUAGUCAAAUGGAUUUUAAGUGCAUCCCGCAAAUACAAUGAGACAUUUUGGUAGAUUUAUUUUUUAUUAUUAUUCUAUAUAACCCAUUAUAUAAUUAUGAUUAACUGGGACAUACAAUUUUACUGAUAUUCAAAAUAAAUAAUUUUCAUAUAAAUGGGAAACACUUUACAAUGAGGUUCUAUUCGUAAACAUUAAUUAAACGCAUUAAUAUUAGUGAACACAAUAGCUUACAUGAGUAAACAAUAAAAACAACUUUUACAUCCUUUUUAAUUUGUAUUUAUACAUAUACGAAUACAUAUUAAAAUUUUGAUAUGUUCAUUUUAUGCAUUCAACCUUUUUUAUAUAAAUAAAUAUAUAUAUAUAUAUUUGAUUUAUAAAUACAUUUUUUAUUAAAUAUUUCUAAGUUUACUAAUUAAUUGUAUUUAUUAUGUUAAAUUAAUCAGAUGUUUUUAAAUAUAUGUAGUUUAUAAUUUAAUCAAGAUUGAAAAAAAAAAAAAAAAGAUUGUUUGGUCUUAGUUCAUGAUACGCAUAUCUAUUUAAUAUGCAUUAAAGGGACAGUUCACCCAAAAAUGACAAUUCUGUCAUCAUUUACUCACCCUCAUGCCAUCCUAGAUGUGUAUGACUUUCUUUCUUCUGCAGAACACAAAGAUUCUAAGAAUAUUUCAGCUCUUUAUGUCCAUACAAUGAACCAGAACUUUGAAAGCUCCAAAAAGGACAUAAAGACAGCUUAAAAGUAAUCCAUAUGACUGCAGUGGUUUAAUCUGUUUUAUGAAGUGUAGGUGAGAUCAAUAUUAAGUCCUUUUUAUUUAUUUUUUUGGUUUAAAUUCUCAUAGAAUGUUAAACGCCAGAAAACAAAAGAAGAAAGUGAAAAUGGAGAUUUAUAGUAAAAAUGGACUUGAAUAUGAAUCUGUUUCUCACCCAUCCCUAUCAUAUCACUUCUGAAGAUAUGGAUUAACCACUUUAGUCUUAUGGAUUACUUUUAUGCAGCCUUUGUGUGCUUUUUGGAGCUUCAACGUUCUGGCCACCAUUCAUUUGUAUUGUAUGGAGCUUAGAUAUUUUUCUAAGAAUAUUCAUUUGUGUUCUGCAGAAGAAAGUCAUACACAUCUGUAGUCAUACACAUGAGGGUGAGUAAAUGAUGACAGAAUUGUCAUUUUGGGGUGAACUAUCCCUUUAACUAACGUUAACAAAUAGAAGCAUAUUAUAAAGUGUUACCAAUAAAUAAAAGGUUUUAUUCUAAAGUUUACUUUUCAUUACACACUAACUUUAGUCAAAUCUAUCCAAUAAUGUGACAAAAUUCUGUGUGGUGUUAAUAGUAUCAGGGGUUAGUCAUGGGUACACACACACACACACACACACACACACACACACACGACACACAAAUGACUGAUGAGAAAGACCCAUAUCACCACUAAUAAUAGACUGUUAAACCAAACUCUUAAGGCUCUAAUCUAUGAUUAUAUUUCUGCUGGGAACUUGCAUAUGAUGGGUUUUCUUUACAUAUUUUAUCUGUCCAUUUUCAUAAUGCUGAAAAUAGUUUUUAUUUAUAUGAGCAAAUAUAUAAUGGGCUGCAAUACAGCAGUGCAUUUACUUUACACAAGAGGGGGCCCUUAACCCACUUAAAACAGAAUGCAGCAUGUGUGAAUGUUGAGCACAGAUACAAACAUUCAUUGGCGACACAACAAUGACUGACAAAUUGAAUAUAAUUGUAUUGAAAGCUUUUUUUUUUUUCUUGUCUGUUCUAGUAAAAUUGUAAAAUGCGAGUGAUAGUUGGUUACUGAAUAUUAAACUUUAGUCACACUACAAUGCAUUAUUGAGGUGAUUCUAGUUUUACACUGCUUAAACACUUUGUUCAUUUUUAUAGCAGAAGUGUUUUGUCCUUUUAGUAUUUUCUUGAUUCAUUCAUAAUUAUUUCAUAUUUCAUGUAAGUGUAAUUGUACAUGUGCACUUAGUGUGUUUGACAGCCAUAUGUUGAUAUGUGAUACCAAAGUCUGAUUUACAGAUUCUUUUGUUGUUGUGCAAUUAUCAAUACAUUGCCAGUGUUAUUCAACAUAAUACUGAAUUUUGAAAUGCUUGAAUUAUAGUUUCUCGACUGCUUCCUGAUUUCUUUAUUUUAUUUGUCACUCUUGAUGUUUUAAAAUCUUUUUUUACAUUCAAUUUGUUUAGUGGGACGAUUUGUCCAAAAUGAGGUUUAUCCAAACCUCAUAAAAGUGAUUGAAUUCAGAAAUGUAUGAUACCAUGUUACUCCAAGAAACUACCUUGAUAUUACCAUAGUUCUAUGUUUUGUUAGAUAGUCUUGCUGCAUUAUCUGCCUAAUGCUUUAACACAUGAUCAGAAAACAAGACAUCUGUUUAGCCGUAUUCUUAUUUAUAUUGGACAUGGGAUCCGUGUUGGCCAGGAAAAUUCCAAGUUUGACUCGUCUCUCCAUUAGAGAUCUUUUUGAGGUGCGUUUGACAAAGACAGACAGGAGUUGAUGUACUACUUGGUUUGCGGUGGUUUCCGUUAUGUUACUCUCCCAUGAAGCUUAUUUUUACCCCUCUCAAUAAAUCUUUCUUCAUAAACUGUGACCUUUAGCUGAGACAGUAAACCAUAUUUUAGGGUCCUUUGUGACUUUACAUUGUCGCUUGGAUAAAUGUUGGCAGGACGGGUACAUCUGAUUCACCUCCAUUUAAAGAUUAUGAACAUAUUUUUAUUAUUAUUCUUUUUUUUUUGUUUGUUUGUUUUUUUUGUAUCUCUUUACAAUGUUGGUAAUUUAAUUUUGGAAUGUAAAAAUAAGAUUUUAUUUAUUUUUUUCUCACUCUGGUUCCUUUUAAUGUAAUAUGAGGUUUUGGUUUGACAUUAAGUUGAAUAAAAUUAACAUUUUAUAUCAGUAGAGUGUGGUUUAUAAGUCUGAGACCACUA